ACAGCCACCAUAAGCUCUACCAACAAGCCAGCUUGAAGAACAAGGAAGCAAUGAGGAGCGGGGUGGGGUUUCCUACUCUGGGGCUGCUGGUGUGGCUGCUCUGCCUCAGUCUGGGGCACGUUCAGGGGGGGAAAGUGCUUGUUUUGCCUGUUGAUGGAAGCCACUGGCUUAGCAUGAAGAUUCUGGUGAAAGAGCUCACUCAGAGGGGGCAUGAAGUCUUGGUUCUGGUGCCUGACAGCAGCCUGCUGAUCCACAGCUCAGAGAGCUUCAAGACUGAGGUUUACCCAGUGUCCUACACCCAAGCUGACCUGGACGGACGAUUCAAUGAGCUGAGAGAUGGACUUUUUCUCAAGCCUCCACAAAUCUCGGACAUGUUUGUCAAUGUGCAGCGCUUGGUAAACUUUACUACAUUACAGGUGGAGGGAUGUGAGAGUUUGCUUAACAACCAACCUUUGAUGAGUCGGCUGAAGGUAGGGGGUUUUGAUGCUGUGCUAACUGACCCUUUCCUGCCCUGCGGCUCCAUCCUGUCUCAUCUCCUGUCCAUCCCAGCUGUUUAUUUUCUCCGUGGUCUUCCAUGCCAGCUGGAUACAAAGGCUAACCAGUGCCCCUCUCCUCCCUCCUACGUUCCUGCGGCUUUCUCUGGCAAUUCAGACAUCAUGACAUUCCCACAAAGGGUCAAAAACAUGGUGAUGUUCUUUGUGGAGUCUUACAUGUGCAAAGUUAUUUAUGGCCACUUUGAUGACCUUGUCAGUACGCAUUUAAAAGAGGGGAUGACCUACAAGGAGCUCCUCAGUCAUGGUGCUAUCUGGCUUCUCAGAUAUGACUUUACAUUUGAAUGGCCCAAACCCAUCAUGCCAAACAUGGCUUUCAUUGGAGGAAUUAACUGUGCAAAGAAGGCUCCUCUUCCAGCGGAAUUAAAGGAAUUUGUUGAAGGCUCCGGAGAUGAUGGCUUCAUCGUCUUCACCUUAGGCUCCAUGGUGUCCAACAUGCCUGAGGAGAAAGCUAAGCAGUUCUUCGAGGCCUUUCGACAGCUGCCUCAGAGGGUUUUGUGGAGAUACACUGGAAACCUACCAAAGGACGUACCCAAGAAUGUCAAACUAAUGAAAUGGCUGCCCCAGAACGACCUCCUCGCACAUCCCAAAGCCAAAGUCUUCAUCACACACGGAGGAACCCAUGGGAUCUACGAGAGCAUCUGUAACGCCGUACCCAUGUUGAUGUUUCCACUGUUCGGUGACCAGAGUGACAAUGUCCAAAACAUGGUGGCACACGGGGUUGCAGAGAAACUUGGCAUUUAUGAUGUGACUACUGAGAAACUAUUGGCUGCACUGAAUAAGAUUAUCCAUGACAAAAGUUACAAAGAGAACAUGGUGAAGAUGUCUGGGAUCCACCUGGACCGUCCUGUCCAGCCACUGGAGCUGGCUGUUUACUGGACUGAAUUUGUCAUGAGACAUAAGGGAGCCUCACACCUCAGGGUUGCUGCUCAUGAUUUAAACUGGAUCCAGUACCACUGCUUGGAUGUUAUUGGGUUUUUAGUUUUGAUUGUUUUGACUGUGCUCUGGCUGACUCUAAAGGCCUUCUUGUUCUGCUCUCGUAAGUGUUGCAGAAAAGAAAGUGCAAAGAGGAAGAAAGAGUAAUGUUUGACACUCCUCAGAUCUUUAAACUCUGUUUUUGAAAUGAAUGAAGUUUGAGAAACAGUGACUUUUAGAAAAAAAACUAUUUUUUUACAGAGUGGUUUGAAUGUUCCUGUGCACUGUGCUUGUGUAUUUGAAACCACAGCUGGUGCCUUAACCCCUUUGUCUUAAACACACAUGCCUCAGAAUAACAAAAGCCAUCCUCUGCAAACUUCGACCAAAUAAAAGAAGUUUUGGCUUGG